GGGCGGAUGAGGGAAACGAAUAUAAGUCGUGGAAGCCAUUUUGUGGUGAACAAAUGGAUUUGAUUAUUUUUUUGUUCUUUGGGGGAUUUUAUCAUACGUUUGCACUGCAAUCAAUCGGAUGGAUUUUGAAUAAUAACGUGCAAAAUUGGAUUGAACUGAAUCGAAUUGAGCUGAAGUUAAAAUUGCAUUCCGAUUGAAUAUUCAUUAUCGCGAGGUUUAUAUAUUGAAUCGCGGGGUACAGCCGCUCUGUUUCUGCAUUACAACUAAUUACCUUGAGAAUAAGCGAAAACCACUCUGAGUACUCAUACCAUCAUAUCUCCAUACUCGACUGCUUUUCUAAAAAUCAAGAAACGGAAGGAAUCUCAUAUUCAUACCUCCCAAAAUGCCGCCAGAAUCAAAAAGUACAUGCAUCUCUUGCACCAACACCACAAGAGAGUGUCAGAAUGUGUUAAUGCAAGUCAUACUUGCUCUGGAGAAUGCAUUGGAGGUUUAUCGGAAAUUGGUACUUUUUGAGAGGAAAUCCCAUGCGAGAUAUGCGUUGGGACAUGAUGUGUACGUGGUGGAAGGGCAGUUGAGGAGGGCGUUGCAGAGAUUGUAUAAGGUUGAUGUUGCCGAGGAGGAGGGGAGAGAAAUAUUGAGUAAGUUGGUGGGCGGAGAUAGGAGUGAGGGGCUGGAAAACUUGCCUCUUUUUGAGGUGGUUAAGAAAGAAGGGCCGAAGAAGAUUGGUGAAAUAGAGGGAAGAUUGAAGGGAGAGAGCGGUAUGGAUUUCCCGAUUUUGAAACUCGAUGCUGGAUUUUCUGAUGUCAAGGUUCCGUUUAUGGACUCGGCGGUGGAGGUUAGGAGUCCAGGGUUUUUUGAGGAGGUGCUUUUAGAUGAUGAUGUCAUGGCUCUUGCGGAAGAGAGUUGCGAGCAAGAGGAAAUUGACACGGAAAAGUGUAUGGAAUUAGCACUUGUGCCGACUCAUCUCACUCCUCAAAUUCCUCACCUGCUUAAAGCUAUUCGUGUAUGGUUAGAAGAAUUCUUCGAAUCAAAAGACGAAUCUAUAGGCAUUCCAGCAUCGAUGGUAUGUCAACUUUUUGAAUUCGAGACGGUUUUCAAACUGGAGAGAUUACCCACAACAAGCUGUAUAUGGAAUGCCGAUUAUCAAAGACAACGGAAAGAAGUAUGGACAAUCACAUCGUUCUGGGGACCCAACCAACGAUCGAAAUGUAUAUGUACGCCUGAAGAGCCGGGUGAGAAUACUUUGACACAUUCAAAGGAUCCUUAUUGUCCGAAGAAUAUGCCAGCGAAUUUGGAUGCUUCGCCAAAGAAUUAUGAAUGGGAUUAUACGACUCAUCGAUGGACCCUUUCUUUGGGGAUUAAUUCAAAGACUCGUGGGACAGGAUCUCCGCCUCGUCAUGUAUCUAGCCCAGAUGAUAAUACAUCUGAUAGCGAAUCAGAUUUUGAAGAAGAGACGGAAGAAAAUGUUGCCGAGAGAAUUCAAAGAAGCAAAAGAGAAAGAGCGGAAGAAGGAGAAAAAGCUUGGGAAGAAAUCAUGGCUAUGACCGGCUUGAAGAAAGUAAAAGAGCAUGUGAGGAAACUCAAGGCCAAAGUUGAGAGUUCGAUUCGGCAAAAUAUCGAUCUGAAAGAAGAGAGGUUUGGUGCAGUUUUUAUGGGCAAUUCGGGGACUGGAAAAACGACCAUGGCUAGGAUUUAUACGAGAUAUCUAUAUUCGAUGGGAAUCAUUAAACGGGAUGAUAUUCUCAUGACAACAGGUACAUAUCUUUCAGAUGGAGGUAUUGAAAGAACGAAACGAUACGUUGAUAAAAUAGCUGAUGGCGGUGUGAUGUUCAUCGACGAUGCGAUGACUUUAGACGAUUAUAGCAACGGCACCAAGAUUCUCGAUUUUCUCUUCCAGGAGAUCGAUCAGAAGAAAGGAUCUGCAGUUUUCAUUCUCGCUGGACACGAAAAAGGAAUGCGUAAACUGUUAGGUCAUGGCACAAAGAGUGUUACCAGCCUUCUGCCCAAUGUCCUCACAUUCGACGAUUUUACAGAGCCUGAAUUACUCGAGAUUCUCAAUUCGUGUAUCAAAAAGAGAUUCGAUGGAAAGAUGGAGGUUGAGGGUGGUCACGAUGGUCUUUAUAUGCGGGUUGCGGCGAGGAGAAUUAGUAGAACGAGAGGGGGUUCUCAAUUUGGUAAUGCUAGAGCUGUGGAAAAUCUUGUCGCUCAAAUCUGGGAGAGACAGUCUGCUAGGUUGUCUAAGGUUCGACAAGAUAGAGCUGUUAAGGCUGCGGAAGAAGAGGCUGCAAAGAAGAAAGAAGACGAAGAUAAGGCGGUCGAGGAGAGUACCACUGGCGAACAAACCAUGGGAGACAAGCCGCAAGAUGAACCUUUGAUAGAAACAAACUCUGAGACAGAACAGAAAUCUGAAAUUGGAGAGAACACAGGCCAGGAUGCAAACAAUGGAGACAAGACAGAUGCAAAUACCGAUUUAAACGUUGUUGCGAAGGAACUCGCCGGUGUAAGGAAAGAUGACCAAAUGACUAAGAAUGAGGAGACAAAGGAAGAAACUGGAAAAUCGCUGCGCGAGAGAUAUACUAAAGCUGAGGUAUUGAAGAUCCCGGCCAGCAACAAUCUUGGAAGCGAAACAAAAUCGAAAGAAGAACCUAUUGUUGUGAUGGUUCCAGAACUAGCGGAACCGCCGGAAUCUAUAGACGCAAGUUUCAUAGAAGAGGUCAAAUCAGAAGAGCCAAAGUCGGACGAAGAUACACCCUCGUCUACGAAAGACGAGUCAGUGGUGGACGGGCAGACAUCCUCGGAGGAAACAUCCCCAACGGACGAAAAAGUCGACAAAGAACUAGAAACAAAAGACGAAGACCCCUCGAAAGUUGAAACUAUGGAUGGAAAUAAAGCUGAGGAGGAAGAGACCCCCAAGGAGGGCAAGUUGGCUGAUGAAGCACAAGAGUCGACCGACAAAGAUUCGGAUUCAGGAUCAGAAGCCCCAGAAACUCCAAAAAUAGAUCCAGAGGACCUCUUGUUUACAAAAGAAGACAUACUCGGUCCAGAUCCCUCUGCUGCAAUUUUAAAUAGCGAGGCUUGGCAAGAACUUCAAAAGCUCAUCGGUCUGGAAAAGGUCAAGACUUCUCUACUUACACUCCUCGAGCUCGUAAAAUCAAAUUAUCAGCGAGAGCUGGAAGAAAAACCUCUGCAUCAAUUCACUCUCAAUCGCUUAUUCUUGGGUCCAGCUGGAACUGGCAAAACAGUGGUUGCAAAAUUGUAUGCUAAAAUUCUUGGAGAGAUCGGCGUUCUUUCAAAGGGCGAAGUGAUAUUCCGUAACCCAAGUGAUUUGAUUGGGCAAUAUAUUGGAGACUCGGAAGCCAAUACUAAAGCUGCGCUUAAUGCCGCAAGAGGCAAUGUGUUGGUCAUUGAUGAAGCAUACAUGAUGUACAGUGGGAACUCCGAUGGCACUGGGAAUGAGAGCGAUUCAUAUAGACAAGGAGUCAUCGAUACGCUAGUUGCAGAAGUGCAAGGAAAUCCUGGCGACGACCGAUGUGUUCUGUUAUUGGGAUACAAGGAGCCAAUGAUGGAGAUGCUUAAUCACUCGAAUCCUGGGCUGAGUCGAAGAUUCCCUAUCGAGAGUGCAUUUUGCUUCGAAAACUUCUCGAUUGAUGAACUUGAGAAAAUUCUCCGCUCAAAAUUAGAGUUCCUCGUUCUUGAAGCUACAGAAGAAGCCAUCAAGGUUGCUAUGGAUGUACUUCAGAAAGCCCGAACCAGGUUAAACUUUGGCAAUGGUGGAGAAGUAGAGAAUCUGAUUGCAACUGCGAGAACCAACUACCAAUUAAGAACAUCGAAGACUCCAGUGGAAGAAAGAUCUGGCAUAUGGGUAUUCCAACCAGAGGAUUUCGACCCUGAAUACGAUAGAGGCAGGUCGGCAAAUGCAAACCUUCAAAGACUUUUUGCCGAUGUUAUUGGGUGCGAGAAUAUAGUUAAACAGUUGGGACAAUACCAAAACGUUUGUAAAGCCAUGAAGUCAAGAAACAUAGAUCCAAGACCGUACAUCCCGACGAACUUCGUUUUCAAGGGACCACCAGGAACUGGCAAGACAACAACGGCACGAAAGUUCGCAAAAGUAUAUUAUGACAUGGGAUUCCUCUCCGACGAAACAGUCAUCGAGUGCUCAGCCAGCGACCUUAUUGGCAAAUACGUUGGACAUUCGGGACCAAAAACAGCGAAAGUUCUAGAGAAAGCUCUAGGAAAAGUCUUGUUCAUCGACGAGGCCUAUCGUCUAGCACCCCAUACCGAAAGCCACAGUUUUACAUCCGAAGUCGUAUCAGAACUCGUUGACCUCCUUACAAAACCCAAGUUUCACGGAAACUUAAUUGUAAUUCUCGCUGGCUACGAGGACGAAAUAAACUCUCUACUGUCAGCGAAUCCAGGCUUGGCAUCACGAUUCCCAGAUGAAAUGAACUUUCCAGCUUUGACGCCUCUUCAUUGUUUGCAGAUUUUAGAAAUAAAAUUAGGGCUUGCGGGAAUUACUAUUCCGAUACUGAAGCAAACUGAACAGAGAGAAUAUGAUCAAUUAUUGCGAGUGAUGACGUUUUUAACAGCAACGCAUAGCUGGGGUAAUGCUAGAGAUGUGGAGACUUUAGCGAAAGCGAUUUGCAGAACUGUGUUUUUGGAGAUGGCGGAAGAAGGAGAGUUGGUUUGCACAGCAGAGAAUGCGACUAUGGCAAUAGAAGUCAUGUUGCAUGAGAGGAGACAAAGGGCGUAUACGGCACUGCCGCCCCCUAGAUAUGAAUAGAAAUGGGAAUUGGAAACAGGAAAGUAGGGGAACGGAAAAACUGAGUCUGGGGGUAUGAAUCCACGGAUUCAACCUUUGGUGAUAAAUAGAUCACUGAUGAAUUUAAUGAAUAUGACUUUAACCAUACCUGUUUUAAGCGAUAGAUUCACAGGAUGUCUUAAUUGCUGUAUUCGGGAAUAACCGAGAAAAUGUGCAGACUAUCA